ACAGGAGGUACAGUACACGUUCCGCAAGAAAACUGAAACAUUUUGUAUAUCGUAAAGGGCUUAAGAGACUCGUGUACCUGAGACAACUUAAAACGAAUAAUUGGAGUAAAACGAUCAUGGUUAGCUUACAAUCACAGAAAUGAAUAGCCUAUGCAACGGACUUUUCUUUUGACUUGCAGCUUUUAAAGGGGAAAGAAGAAAAAUAUAAAUCACGAACUCCAUGCCAUUGCAAUUUAAUUUGAACGAAAAUGCAAUUUAAGCUAAAAUGCUCAAUUAAACGCUGAAUACAUCUGGAUGAAGUCCUUCGCUGAUCCCUCCCGGUUAAUCGCCGGCUUGAUUCAUUCAGUUGCCCUUACGAUACAUUUCCCAUUAAGAUACAUUUCAUUUCCCAUGCUGCAGCGGCAUUUUUCCCUGUGAAUAAUUGUGAGAAACCGAAAUAUAGCGUGUAACCGCCGGGUCUAAUUCUACAAAUGAUGCCCUAUUUUCCCCUUGGGCUAAAAACGCUUCGCAAAUGUCCUUGUCUGCAACCAGCCAGCGAUAAAGGGAAAAGAUAACGCAGUAAGAAGAAAGGACACGAAAAUCCAAGCCGGAAACAAGUCAAGGAGACAAAUUCUUAUUUAAUAAAAGGAGCGUAUUGCGAGGUGAAGCUGAUCUCAGAUUCUCCGAAGGCGGUGAGGUGAUGGAGUCUGUGCGGACUCUGGGACUGAAGCGCAGGUUUGAGGAGGUGGACCCCGGCUCCACCUGCUCUACCCCCAAGGAUUCAGACGAUGAGGUCUCCAGCAGCGACAGCGCAGAGAGCUGCGACAGCCUCAACGCCCCCUCCUGCUCCUCCAACUCCUCCAACUCCUCCCUGACCCCCACCUCCAUCCUGCGGCGGAGGGUGCCCCCGAUGGGUGGGAAGCGGGUGCGUUUCGGCGCGGUGACGGUGUUCUACUUCUCGCGGAGGCAGGGCUUCACCAGCGUGCCCAGCCAGGGGGGCAGCUCGCUGGGCAUGGCCCGUCGGCACAGCGCCGCCCGCCGCUACACGCUGGGCGAAUUCGCCCGCGAGCAGGAGCACGGCCACCUGCAGGCCCUGCGGCGCCACCUGCACCAGGAGAAGCUGGAGGCGCGCAAACGCAAGCUCACGCGUAACGGCACAGUGGCGUGUGCGGCAGCAGAAGCUCUGACCCUCGCUGACGUGUCGGACGAGGACCUGGAUGUGGAGGGGGUGGAGGUGGACGAGUGCUUCUUCCUGCAGCCGCUGCCAAUCAAGCGGCGCCGGGCCCUGCUGCGCGCCUCCGGCAUCGGCCGCAUCGACGCCCGCGAGAAGGCCGAGCUGCGCUCCAUACGCCUGUCCCGCGAGGACUGCGGCUGCGACUGCCGCGUUUACUGCGACCCCCGCCACUGCAGCUGCAGCCUGGCCGGCAUCAAGUGCCAGGUGGACAGGAUGUCCUUCCCAUGUGGCUGUACUCGGGACGGGUGCGGGAACGCGGUGGGACGAGUGGAGUUUAACCCCCUGCGGGUGCGUACCCAUUACCUGCACACCGUCAUGAAGCUGGACCUGGAGAAGAGGAGGCAGCUGGGGGGCCUGGCGGGAGAAGGGUUGGAGGAGCUCAGCGCUCCCUCUGCCCAGGCCGUACUCCCCGACCCCGAACCUGCGGCCUGUCUCCCUUCCCCCCUUACGGAUCACCUGACCCAGCGGGACAGCCUGGCCCUGGAGAACGAGGAGGCCGUGCAUCACCUCCAGAGCGCCGAGGAGAGGGACCGGAGGGAGCAGGAGGAGCAGGGCGAGGGGGCCUGCAUGGAGGGCAGCGUCGCUGCCUUCGAAGGAGAAGGGAGCCUGCUGCACUCGGAGGCUUAGCUCCGCCCUCUCGCCCGCAGAUGUUUUGCACAAAAGCGCACUGAAAACGGCGUAUCGCCUACCUUAUGUAUUCAUAAUAUUCCUGUACAGAGAUUAAAUAUCAGAUGAAAUAUUAAAGAUGGACUAUCAGAAGUGUGCAUGUACAGAGUAGGUGAGAGUAGGAGAGGGGGCAGAUGUUACCGAGGGCCACAGAUGGGUAUUGCAUUUCCCAAGGCCUGUCCCAUAAUGAGGAAACUGACUGUAUAGAGGCUGGUGCUGGCUGUGAAUUGGACCCUUUGGUUGCGACCUGAAGUUCAGGUUUAUUUGGCGGUUCGCCACUCAAGCUUGAGUUUUGGCAGAACUGCGACUUACCUCGUCAAAUGGCAAUGGGAUUCACGCUGUUUGUAAAAUGGCCGACAAGGUUUGCGAAUAAUGGACGUGGAGAUCGCCGGUAUUGUUUUCUGAAAGGAGUGUCGCUCCAAUGUGCCCUCUCAGGCCACGUGAGCCACUGACGUGUCCCCCUCUGCUAGUGGACCAAUCCUGGGAAUACUUGGUAACGUUGUAUUUGUACUGUGUCAUGUUCAUCGAGAACAUGAAAAAGACCAGAAAGCGCUACUUGUUUACUGUAUCCGUAAACUUGACUUUUCGUUUCUUUGUGUACUAUAAGACGGAGGCAAACCAAAUAUGCAGGUUUGCACAGUUUUUUUUAAUUUAAUUUUAUUUUAUUAACUGCCUUUUCUCCGGUCGCGGCAUAUCAAUUACCUCACUCAACCCCAUCCUAUUGUGAUUAAAUCACAAUAUUGGUUCUGCCUGGACCAAUGUAGCCGACAUGAAAGUCCCAUUAAUGAAAACCUUAACAAGAUUACAUAUUCAUUUUUGUUUCUACAGAAAGGUUCCAUUUGGUGUACUGUUUCUGCAAAUAAUUUACCUUGCACAAGCAUGCAACUGGGCAUUUACUAGUUCUGUGGAUAGUGGCAGUCUUAGUGCAUUCUCUGAAUGCAGGUACCUGGAGAAUGACCAAAACGUUAUACUAAAAAAAGAGAAAAGUACAGAGAGAGAGAACACUAAUUUUUCCUCUUGAAAAGAUGUUUAUGAACAGUUGAGCUCACUGAGGAGUGAGUCAUGUGAUCAGGGUAUAAAAUACAACCAUCUAGUUACUGCUACUGUAAACGAGCCUGCAACUGCUUGUGAAUGUGGUUGUAUAUGGGCACGUUCAGCCACAAUCGAUGUCUAUACAUCACUACUUAAAUAUCUUCUCUAAAAUGUGCACAAUUGUCUCUAACAAGAAGGCACAAACAAGCAGAGUAAUAUUAAUGUAUGUUUUGCACAGUGCUGAGUCAUUUUAGUUGCUGCUCAGGUGGUAUGAGCUUGGUUCCCUUGUCUGUUGUUGUACUUGUCUAUUUUCCGUGUUUGUGAACAAUAAUUGGCUAGAUGAGUUUUGAUCUUAUUUUCCAGAGGAAGGAAAUAGUUUUAUUUUAAUUUACACAGGGCUCCACCCUCAAACCUCACAUUUCUUAAAUUGUAUUAACUAUUUUAUUUGGGGGUUUAUUGUUAAUUAUGGCCAUAAAAAAAAAGGUGUAAUAUUUUGUAUCUCCAUUAAUCUGUGUCAGUCAGUCCUGUACAUGUUACAUGUAGGUCUGUGGCAACAUUAGGUAUUCAGUCAGUUAGUGCAGCACUCACAACACUUUGUAAAGGUUAUUUGUCCGAGUGCAUUACAUCGAUCAUUGCAACUUUCUCUGUCUUUAUACAGCUGACUGAGAAAGUAUUGAAAUGUCAAACGAGUAGGCAUCUUCUCUUGAGCUACGCGUAUGUGAGGCAGUAGAUAUAUUGCCAUACUGUGAUAUAUUUUGUGUGGUGAUAUUGGCAGUGAUGUCUCAGUUCGUGUUGAUUCACACGUUCCUUAACAUUAGUUCUCCUGUUCGUUGAUAUGACUGAAAAAAUCUAUUAAGUCAUAUAUAUAUUUUUAAUCUGAUGUAAAAUUGCAAAAGGAUAGGGCUGCUGUGUGGCUCAUCCAGUUAAGGUGCUGUUCCGGUGUGUAGAUGGGCCCCACGGUCAGGUAUCGACUCCGCACCCUGCCUGCUGCUGAGCUAUCUGUAUUGUGCUCCGGGGUCAUCGUGAUGCAUUGCAUUACAUUAUUGGCAUUUUGGCAGACCUCCAGUUGAUUUGACCAAGCAGGAGACAAUCCUCCCCUGGAGCAAUGCAGGGUUAAGGGCCUUGUUCAAGGGCCCAACGGCUGUGCGGAUGUUAUUGCGGCUACACCGAGAUUAGCCACCGACCGAUUAACCACCGACCUUGCGUAUCCCAGUCAUUUACCUUAACCACUACGCUACAGGCCAGUUGAUGCAUCAACCCUUAUUGGCUACAUGCUAUCACAUAAUUGUUUACGCUACGACUUUUUGAGUGUUUACAUUCACUUUCUUGCUCUUAUUUGCCUGUCGGCUAAUAAGGAAGUUAUUGCUGCACCUUGCGUAGUUAGCGCUGUAUAGCCAGACGGCACUGCGGGUAGAUGUGUGAAUUACAUGUGGGUAUAAUUCAUAUAUUCAUGCCCUAACCACUUUGAUAGGUUUAAGCGUAUCCAUAUAGACAACUAGGUAGCUAGCCUUCUUAUGGCUAUAGCUACCUAGCUAGCGGGCGGCUAUGAAGUUAAAAAUAACGUAAUGUAUAUGUAUGCAGGCGCACAACGUAAACAAUCGUGAUAGCGUUGUAUCCGAUAAGGGGUCAAUGCAUAACGAUUACCCGGAAGGUGAUGCAGAGAUCUCGGCUGAUGCAUAUUUCUCCACCACACCAGUGCUGACUGUGGCUGACCGCCCCACAGGCCACACACAGUUGGCCACAGCGUCGCCCAUUGUGGGAAGGAUGGAGGGAGGGCUGUCUGCACUCUCCAAAUUCCAUCGUGCUUGGCUUGUGAAUAUCUCCCAUUUUAAUGUGCUCAAGUUUAUAAGCAGAGUUUGGGCAAGAUCAGCUGCAUUCUCCCAAAAGGUGCAUUUGUUUUAGGUUUUACUUUUGUUUUCUUUCUUUACAAUUUUAGCUGAAAACUGAGCUAACCAAGAUAAGGUUGUUACAUAGAUAUAUGUAUAUUCCGAUUGUCUUAAAGACUGAAACUCCCUUAGGAUUGUCGAGUGAAUGUGAGCAUUAUUGAUGACUGUUGUUCCUUCAGGCAGCAAGCAAACCAAAUCAUUUGACCAGUAUUCAGCAGUCACAUCUCCUGUCUCUGUUAAACCGAAUGUGCAUUCAUCGCAAAUGGGGAAAAAUGGUUUAUUUAUCUGAUUAUGCGAUGUAGUUCCUUAGACACCCUUAUCUGGUGUGGCAGGCAUACCGCAAAUGCGUUCUCCAAUUUAUAUUACUGUAGCAGUUUGAAGUACUGCAGGAGGUGUGCAGUAAGGGGUGCAGCAGCGAUGUCACACCCAUGGUUUGAACCUGUCUGCUGUUUACAAGUGUUGUCCGCAGGGCAGGAAGAGCUGUAGGGGGCAGGAAGAGCUGUAGGGGGCUGAAGUAGGCGUCCUGUUGCUGUCCCUGACUUAUAGACACUGCUUUCUCACUGCCUCUACUCACCUAGUCUCACCUGGGUUACUGGGUGCCUUCAGUUCCUUUCUAAAGGCAUGUUUUGACUUGGCUCUACAGGACAAAACUGGAGUUGGACAGUUGGUUCAGAAUGGACCAGAAGAUAAGGGGUCAUCUGUGUUACCGUGACUUUGUUUUGUUUUUUUCUUCCUCUGUUUGACUGAACAUUUAACGUGUGGUUAUUGACACGCAAAUUUUGGUUAAUCCAUGCAGUGCUGGCUGUUAAAACCCCUCUAAACGCACGUACUGUAAAUGUGCUGGACCCGAAACUGCUCUAAACGGCCCCUUCCCCAUGCUGUCUCCAUUAACAACAGACUCCUGAUGUGCGUACUGUAAACUCCAUUGCCCUUCUGUGAACACAGUCCUUUGUGAAGGUCCGAAUGGUACCGGAUGAGUUCUGUAAUUCUAAUACAUUGUGUGAGCUCUUGCAUGCUGCUUACCUAGCCAUUAGGGGGCACUCUCUUCAUUUAACUGCUAAUGAAACACAGUUAUAGCUGUAGAAGCUGUAUAUUAAGAUGGGUAAACAAUUCAGGGGAAACUGCCAGCCAUUCAUAGAGCAUGUUCAAGGGCACACAUCAUUCAUAGGCCUUGUCUGCUAAAUUAUUUUAAACCUUAUUCAUUUCUGUGAUCUCCUAAUUUAUGGAUUAGCUGCGUUUAGAGGUUUUCCAGUCUUCAAUGAGGACAUGGGCUUGUGAAUCCAACACGAGUUUAUGUACAGCCCAUUUUGUAACAUGAGUCUCUUCUGGAAGAUUUAUUCAAAGCAUGAAUUUAUAUUCAAAAUAGUCAUUCUUUCAGUCCAAUAUGAAAGCAUUAAAUGUGUGUGUGUGUGAGGGUGAGAGAGAGGGAAUGAUUGUAUGAGAUAAAUUUGACUAGUUGGGAGGACAUUAUUUAACUGAGAAUUUUGAUUGUGGCCUAAUAAAAGAAACCUUUUUUAUAUAAAAAUGCAAAGCAAAAAUAAAAAUGCUAAAAAAUA